AUGAUGUCGGGCGACUAUGCUUUUAGACCCGAACAGCAAGGCACAUAUGUCGAUCCGCAACAGCAGCAAUUCCAGCAACGGCAGCAGCAGUAUCAACAGCAACAGCAACAGCAGCCUUAUGAUGGCAGAACGACGACACUACUCGACUCUCAAGGCUAUUUUUCAGACUUUGCAGGGCAGCAGCACUAUGAGCAGGGUCAAACAGUCGAGUACGGGGGACCUCAACAACGAUAUUCUUCGAGCGAUGCCUUCUCUCCUACGGCCGCUAUGGCCCCUCCGAUGUUGACAGCGAACGAUCUACCACCCCCGGAAGUCCUCGAGUACCAGCUGCCUUUAGAACCGCGAGAAGUGCCGUUCGCGAUUCAAGACCCCCACGAUGAAUCCACCCCUAUGUCCAAGUUUGACAACAUCGCAGCUGUUCUGAGGCACAGGGGCCGGACGAUAGCGAAAAAGCCAGCGUACUGGGUGCUGGACAGCAAAGGCAAGGAGAUUGCUUCGAUUACGUGGGACAAAUUGGCGGCUAGAGCUGAAAAGGUGGCUCAAGUCAUCCGAGACAAGAGCUCACUAUACCGUGGUGAUCGAGUUGCUCUGGUGUAUCGAGAUUCAGAAGUCAUUGACUUUGCGAUUGCGCUCUUGGGAUGCUUUAUCGCGGGUGUGGUGGCUGUCCCCAUCAAUGAUUUGGAGGACUACCAACGUUUGAACACCAUCCUUACAUCGACACAAGCGCAUCUUGCCCUGACUACCGACAACAACCUCAAGACCUUCCAGCGAGACAUUACCACGCAAAAGUUGACCUGGCCAAAGGGUGUCGAAUGGUGGAAGACGAAUGAUUUUGGCAGCUAUCACCCUAAGAAGAAGGAUGAUAUCCCUCCUUUGGUCGUGCCAGACCUGGCCUAUAUCGAGUUUUCGCGAGCGCCUACAGGAGAUCUUAGAGGUGUCGUCCUGAGCCACCGAACAAUCAUGCAUCAGAUGGCCUGUUUGAGUGCCAUCAUUUCUACUAUUCCCGGCAAUGGACCUGGCGAUACCUUCAACCCGUCGUUGAGAGACAAGAACGGCCGGCUGAUUGGUGGUGGUGCCAGUAGUGAGAUUCUGGUCUCCUAUCUGGAUCCUCGACAAGGAAUUGGCAUGAUUCUCAGCGUUUUGCUUACCGUCUACGGCGGCCACACUACUGUUUGGUUUGACAACAAGGCCGUUGACGUUCCCGGCCUUUACGCCCACCUCCUUACUAAAUACAAGUCGACCAUCAUGAUUGCAGACUAUCCGGGUCUGAAACGGGCCGCUUACAACUACCAAGAGCAGCCCAUGGUGACUCGAAACUUCAAAAAGGGGAUGGAGCCCAACUUUCAAAUGAUCAAGCUCUGCUUGAUUGAUACACUGACGGUGGACAGUGGGUUCCACGAAGUGCUAGCAGAUCGCUGGUUGAGACCACUGAGGAACCCUCGGGCUCGUGAGGUUGUGGCACCGAUGCUUUGUCUGCCGGAACACGGCGGCAUGGUAGUUAGUGUUCGUGACUGGCUCGGAGGAGAAGAGCGUAUGGGGUGCCCCUUGAAGCUCGAUCUGGGUUCUGACACAGACUCAGAAGAGGGUGGAGAGAAGGAAGAGUCAGAAAAGCCAACACCCUCAAACGGCUUUGGAAGUCUUCUGAGUGGUGGUGGUACUACGACUACAGAAGAAGGGGCCAAGAAUGAGCUUGGCGAGGUUCUGUUGGAUCGUGAGGCGCUCAAGACAAAUGAAGUUGUGGUUGUGGCCAUUGGUGAUGAAGCUCGCAAGAGAGCAGGCGACGACCCGGGAUUGGUGCGGGUUGGUGCUUUUGGAUAUCCUAUCCCGGAUGCCACGCUCUCUGUGGUUGAUCCAGAGUCGGGACUACUAGCGUCUCCUCACUCUGUGGGCGAGAUCUGGGUUGACUCGCCCUCUUUGUCUGGCGGCUUCUGGGCGCAGCCCAAGAACACGGAGCUGAUUUUCCACGCUCGCCCCUACAGAUUCGAUCCUGGCGAUCCCACACCUCAGCCUGUCGAGCCCGAGUUUCUCAGAACCGGCUUGCUGGGUACUGUCAUUGAAGGCAAACUGUUUGUCCUGGGCUUAUACGAGGACCGCAUUCGGCAAAAGGUCGAGUGGGUUGAGCAUGGGCACGAAAUAGCCGAAUACCGGUAUUUCUUUGUUCAGCACAUUGUCGUGAGCAUCGUCAAGAAUGUUCCCAAGAUUUACGACUGUUCAGCCUUUGACGUCUUUGUCAACGAUGAACAUCUCCCCGUCGUCGUCCUUGAGUCGGCGGCAGCUUCGACUGCGCCUUUGACAUCUGGAGGGCCACCUCGACAGCCAGACACUGCGCUGCUGGAGUCGCUGGCUGAGAGAUGUAUGGAGGUUCUUGUGACGGAGCACCAUCUCAGGGUGUACUGCGUUAUGAUCACAGCGCCAAACACGUUACCCAGAGUUGUCAAGAAUGGACGGCGAGAAAUCGGUAACAUGCUCUGUCGCCGAGAGUUUGAUCUCGGCAACCUUCCAUGUGUGCACGUCAAGUUUGGCGUAGAGCAUGCUGUGCUCAAUCUGCCCAUUGGCGUAGACCCAAUGGGAGGCAUCUGGUCGCCGCUGGCUUCAGACUCGCGUGCCGAGUUCUUGUUGCCAGCUGAUAAGCAAUACUCGGGUGUUGACCGACGAGAGGUUGUCAUGGAUGACCGGACAUCAACUCCCCUGAACAACUUCUCAUGCAUUUCUGACCUCAUUCAAUGGCGGGUUGCCCGUCAACCAGAAGAACUUGCCUACUGUACGAUCGACGGCAGGGGUCGCGAAGGAAAGGGAGUGACAUGGAAGAAGUUUGACACCAAGGUGGCAUCUGUUGCCAUGUACCUGAAGAACAAGGUCAAGGUGCGGCCAGGCGACCACAUGAUUCUCAUGUACACGCACUCGGAGGAAUUCGUCUUUGCCGUUCACGCUUGCAUAUGUCUGGGCGCAAUCGUCAUCCCCAUCGCGCCUCUCGAUGAAGGUCGACUCAACGAAGACAUUCCUGCUUUCCUGCAUAUCGUGGCCGACUACAAAGUCAAGGCUAUGCUCGUAAACGCAGAGGUGGAUCACUUGAUCAAGAUGAAGCCCGUGGCAAGCCAUAUCAAACAAUCUGCCCAGGUUCUGAAGAUCUCGAUGCCCAGCGUCUACAACACCACCAAGCCGCCAAAGCAGAGCAAUGGCUUGAGAGAGUUGAGACUCACGAUAGACCCCGCCUGGAUUCGGCCUGGAUAUCCAGUUAUUGUGUGGACGUACUGGACGCCAGACCAACGACGCAUUGCGGUUCAACUUGGACACGACACCGUCAUGGGCAUGUGUAAGGUCCAGAAGGAAACCUGCCAAAUGACAAGCACGAGACCAGUCCUUGGAUGUGUCCGAAGCACAACUGGACUAGGAUUCAUCCACACAUGUCUCAUGGGCAUCUACAUUGGCACACCGACUUAUCUUCUGUCACCUAUCGAGUUCGCUACCAACCCAAUGUCCCUCUUUGUUACUCUGUCGAGGUACAAGAUCAAGGAUACGUACGCGACACCGCAGAUGCUUGACCAUGCCAUGAACUCCAUGCAUGCCAAGGGAUUCACUCUGCAUGAGCUCAAGAACAUGAUGAUCACAUCUGAGAGUAGACCAAGAGUUGAUGUGUUCCAGAAGGUCAGGCUUCACUUUGCUGGGGCUGGAUUGGACCCAACCGCCAUCAACACUGUUUACUCGCAUGUCCUCAACCCUAUGAUUGCAUCAAGGUCAUACAUGUGCAUCGAACCGAUCGAGCUCUGGCUCGACACACAGGCUCUACGACGUGGUUUGGUUAUUCCUGUUGACCCAGAGGCGGACCCCCAGUCCUUGUUGGUGCAAGACAGCGGAAUGGUUCCCGUCUCGACUCAGAUUGCCAUCAUCAAUCCUGAAAGCCGACUGCACUGUCUUGACGGCGAGUAUGGCGAGAUCUGGGUCGACUCUGAGGCUUGCGUCAAGUCAUUCUAUGGUUCCAAGGACGCCUUUGAUGCCGAGCGGUUUGACGGACGAGCUGUUGAUGGAGAUCCGAGCAUCCAGUAUAUUCGGACAGGAGAUUUGGGUUUCCUUCAUAACGUUAGUCGACCGAUUGGUCCCAACGGAGCCCUCGUGGAAAUGCAGGUGCUGUUUGUUCUCGGCAACAUUGGAGAGACAUUCGAGAUCAACGGAUUGAGCCACUUCCCGAUGGAUAUCGAAAACUCUGUGGAGAAGUGUCACAGAAAUAUUGUGACCAAUGGCUGUGCCGUCUUCCAAGCUGGUGGCUUGAUUGUGGUUCUCGUCGAGGUCAGCCGCAAGCCCUACUUGGCGUCUCUCGUCCCAGUCAUUGUCAACGCUAUCCUCAAUGAACACCAGAUCAUUGUCGAUAUCGUAGCUUUCGUCAACAAGGGAGACUUCCCCAAGUCGCGUCUCGGAGAGAAGCAGCGUGGCAAGAUCUUGGGCGGCUGGGUCAGUCGAAAGCUUCGUACCCUGGCUCAAUUCUCCAUCCGUGAUAUGGACGCCCCUGAAGCUGGAGGUGUUGUCGACGGGAUGGACCAGGCCAGAGUAUCCAUGGUCAGUGUCCGAAGCGGAGGAAACCCUGCCCCCGGCUCUACCAGUCUGAGGAAUGUCGAGCAGGCUCCGCAGAUCCCCGAACAGGAGGAAUUUGAGCACCCACCUCCUCGUCAGUCAUAUGUUCCUUCACAGAGCAACAUUACAGAGACGUCAGAUGACCAUGGAACACCAACUACCUACAAGGACACGCACGUAUACCCUGAGGUGGUACCGCAAGCCCCCGUGUCUCAACCCCCAGCUCAGCUCAGCCUUUCUCCCCAGGCAGAACAAGCCUUUGACGCGCCUGAUUUCUCACACUAUGGUGCCAUUGAACCUGAGCAAGGUCCUCUACCAGCGCCAGGAACAAAGCCUGAAGUGCCACCUGGGGUAGGUCAAGCGCCACCCCAGAUCCGACUACCAGGUGUAGAUGGGCGAGAAGAUGUCAACUUUUGGGGACAACCAAACAGGGACUCUAACGAUGAGGCGGACUGGACGGCGGAUGCCAUCAUGCACAUGAACCUUGCGGGGGGUAUGAACCCCCGAUGAAUAUAACGGCUAUGGAAUGACGGUAGGGGCAUGCCAAGAUGGCGGAGUUGGGGUUGGGAACAUCUAGACGUGUACAUGCCGGGUCCAUCUGUAUUUUGAUAGCUUGAGACGUGUUGGAUGUGAUGGAGCACGGCUGCUACAUGUCUAGUUGCAUUGUUUUGAAGACUAUUUCUCCUUUUUGAGGUGUAAGACGAAAAGAAUUAUGAGCU